AUGGACAGCAAUGACUUGAAAGCGGAAAUCAAAGAUUUCCUUCAACAGAGAAGGUACGUGCUUGUUUUUGAUGAUGUCUGGCAAAUACAUGCAUGGGAUGCUUUGAAAUAUGCAUUCCCUGACAACAAUAGUGGCAGCCGAAUACUGCUCACGACCCGUAUUGUUGAUGUAGCUUCUACAUCUUGUGUAGAAUCUCCUGAUCACAUCUAUACUAUGGAACCAUUGUCCCAAGAAGAGUCUUGGACUCUUUUCUGUAGGAAGACAUUCCAAGACAACUGCUGCCCUCCAGAUUUAGAGAAAGUCUCACGAAGUAUCUUAGAAAAGUGUAAGGGCUUGCCACUUGCAGUUGUGGCAGUUAGUGGGGUUUUAGCUACGAAAGAUAGAAGUACAUCCCAUGAUUGGGAAUUGUUUCAUCGUAGCCUUGGCGCUCAGUCAGAAGGCCACGACAAACUUGAGAGCAUGAAAAAGAUACUUUCUCUCAGUUACUAUAAUUUGCCUUACUAUCUAAAAAUAUGUUUCUUGUACUUGGGUUUAUUCCCCGAAGAUUACAAGAUUGAGCGCAUGAGAGUGAUUCGACUGUGGAUCGCAGAAGGAUUUGUGGAAGUGAGAGUGGGAAGGACAAUGGAAGAAGUUGCCGAAGGCUAUCUCAAAGAGCUUAUUAAUAGAAGCUUGGUCCAAGUGGCAAGGAUAGAUGGUAUUGGAAGGCUAAGAGAGUGUCGCAUCCAUGACCUUUUCCGUGAAGUAAUUACUUCAAAGUCAAGACAACAAAACAUUGCUGCCAUGGUAAGCAAAGAAAGCACAACGUGGCCGGAAAAAGUUCGGCGCCUGUCAAUUCAGUACACCUUGGGGAACUUGCAGCAGACAAAUCGUUUUCCUCAACUCCGUUCCUUGCUCAUGUUCUCGGUGGAAGAACCUAUAUCCAAGUCGUUGAAUCCUAUAUUAUUCAGUGGUGGGGUUAGGUUGUUAAAGGUUUUGGAUCUGAGGGGUGCUUCUUUGGAGAUGCUUCCAGAUGAAAUUCUAAAGCUCCAACGUCUUCGUCAUCUCUUGGUGUACAACUACAACUUGGAUACAUGUGGCUUUAAAGCAAUAGUGGGAAUAGAAGGUUUGUCUUCCUUACAAAUACUCUGUUUUAUUGAAGCGAACCAUGAGAAUGGUAGAAUUGUAAUGGGAGAGCUAGGGAGACUGACCCAGUUGAGGAGAUUGGGAAUUAGGGAGUUGAGAAGGGAGGAUGGGAAGGCUUUGUGCUCCUCUCUUGAAAAGCUGAGUAACCUUCAAUCAUUGUCCGUAGCUUCUGUAGAAAAUAAAGAGAUUGUUGAUAUUCAACACUUGUCUUCUCCUCGUGGGUCUCUUCAACGGCUCUAUUUGUGGGGACCUUUAGAAAAUUUGCCCCAUUGGAUAACUUCUCUUCAUAACCUGGUGAGAUUGCGGCUUCGGUAUAGCAAGUUAAGGGAUGAUCCAUUGCAAUCCCUUCAAGAUUUGCCCAAUCUGUUAGAAAUUGUACUUUUUAAGGCUUACCGAGGGGAGGAAAUGUGUAUCAAAUCGACAGGGUUUCAGAAGCUUAAGAUAUUAGAGCUUUACAGCUUAGAAGGAUUGAGGUGGGUGAGAAUGGAGAAGGGAUCGUUGCCUCAUCUUGAAAAGCUGACUAUUUGGAACUGUGAGUUGUUGGAAGAGAGCAAAGCUCAAGCUCCAAUACUGUCAAUAACACAUGGUAUGAUCGUCGCGGUGAUUCACUGCUACUGGAAGAAGCAGAGCUUGUGGGCAUUGAUGAAAGUCUACGAUAAUAUGGAGGUGAAGAAUCAUUUUAAAAGCCAUGCUUGGAUCACUGUUUCACAAUCCUUUGAUCUCAAAGAGCUUCUCAAAGACUUAAUUCAACAACUCUUUAAUGACGUCAAGAAGCUGAAGGCACCUCAAAGAUUGGAAUCCAUGGACAACAAUAAUCUGAAGGCACAACUCAAGGAUUUCCUCCAACCGAGAAGUCUUGAUGAUGUGUGGAGUAUAAAUGCAUGGGAUGCUUUAAAAUACAUUACCCAACAAUAA